ACUCGAACUCGAAGUAAACAAAGCAGUCGACGUCGAGAACCCACUCAGCGAGACUCUACGACCACCUCUUCGUCUGUGUGUUAUCUAUGACGAGAAAACCUCAUGGCUGCGAAGCGUCCGUCGUCUGGGGGGAAGUGGAAACAGCUCUUCCCUACGAAAUGCAGCUUAUUCGUGUUCUUGGCUUACAUGGCGCUGUUUAUUAAUCAAGGGAUAAUGGUGACGGCAUCACAACGUGCAGACAACAGUUAUAGCUACAACACCGUCACUGUGGUUCUGCUUUCAGAGGCAACUAAGCUUGUGGUUUCGUUUCUACUCUACCUCAGAGAAAACAAAGCUUCAGAACUUUUUGCCGAGAUGAGUCAACACACAAGAGUUCUGGCCCUGUACAUGGUGCCAGCACUUCUGUACUGCCUGUACAACAAUUUGGCUUUUGUCAACCUCGCUGCAUAUGACCCUACCACAUACUUCCUGCUUCUACAGCUGCGGGUCGUUGUUACAGGCAUCGUCUUCCAGGUAUUGUUCAAGAAGCAACUAAGCAAAUGGCAGUGGGUGUCCCUCUUCAUCCUUACACUCGGCUGCAUUGUGAAGCAGUUGAAUGUCACCGAGAAAAAUGCUCAAGUUGUAACAUCACCAAAGACAGAUGACAUUACAAGCCACAUGGUCUCAUCCUUGUUUUCUGUUCACACGGGUCUUGUACUGCUGCAGGUUUUAUGUUCUUGUCUGGCUGGAGUCUACAAUGAGAAAUUGCUAAAGGACAUUGGUGCAGAAGUUCACAUUAUGGUGCAAAAUGUGUUCAUGUAUAUUGAUUCAAUACUUUGCAAUGCUGCAGUUCUUCUCAUGAGAGGCGAACUAGGAUCUGCAUUUACAGUUACAGCACUUUCCCAGAUCUGGCAGCCAGCUGUGAUUGUAAUCAUCAUAAACAACGCAGCUGUGGGGAUUGUCACUAGCUUCUUCCUGAGAAACUUGAACUCCAUACUGAAGACCUUCGCAUCAGCCCUUGAGUUAAUGUUUACAGCUGUGUUAUCUUGGCUCAUCUUUGGGAUUGAUAUUGGCUGGUGGACUGUGCUUGCUAUAGCAUUGGUCACGUACGCUUCUUGGAUGUAUGCGCAGAACCCUGUUGUCAAUAGAGGGCGUUUGGAUCAGCUGGAAGGUAGUCAGACAUCAGAAGAAGUAAGACUGGUGUCAAGUGAGACGACAGAAGUGUGAGAGUAUUUGGAGAUAAAGAAGAGGCUUGUGAUUAUUAAACAUUAUUCAGGUUUAGCCUUGUUAUUCAGUGCUCUCAGUAUUAUUUUGUAUAUUUUGGAAAUCACCUUUGAGUUUCAGUUGAGUAACUGAUAGAACUUGCCAUUAAUCAAUUUGCAGUAUUAGGAAAUUCCUAGAUAUGUUCAAGUCUUUACUUGUAGCUAGAGGUAGCUACAUAUAUGCUAUAAUCCCAGAAGGUAUAAAAUCUGUAUAUAUUUGUUUUCUUACUAUCAUGUUAGUGAAGGUAAUAUUUAGAAUUAUUAUUUUUUCGGAAUUCUAGUCAUAAAUAUUUAGUCAGCCUAUUCAGGAGGUGACAAGCUUUAUCAACUAUGUCCCAGUUAUUAUUAUCUUUUUAAUAUUACUUGACUACAAGAAAAAAAUGCAAGUAUUUGCUCAUCACUCUAUAACUAAAGAGGUCCUAGGAUGACAUUCAAAAGAGAUAAAUGUAGCUAUAAAGUACUUAGGAAUUGUUUUCAUAGAACCUGUAUAUUAUAGCUCUGUACACUGCUACAUGUUCUGACAAUCCUUGUAAUGUCAUGAAUAUGGUUUUGCAUUUUGAAUUGCAAAAAUAUUGGAAGUGCUCCUGUGUGUUGUAUGUGCUAUUGCAUCUGGUUCAUAGUCUGUGAGCCAGGUUUCUUUACCUUGGCUCUACUUCUAGGCAUUUCCUCUAAGCGCACAGAGCCAGAUGACAGUUCUACUGUCUGCCGAGCAACUCUUUGCACAAAUGCAUGUCAUAUGAUUUUGUUUGUUAAGGAUUAUUGAUAAAUGAAUUGACUUUUUAAGUGUUUGGUUAAAGUAUAAGUUGAAUAUUUUUGUUAUAGGAAGACGUGUUAUGUAUAAAAAGUAACUAUGUGUUUGAGUUCAAACUAAAGAGGUUGGAUUUUUAUUCAUUUUUAUUUUUUCAUUCAUAAUGUGAAGAUAUUGUGGUUUCUAUAGUACAUCGUAUUUUAACUGAACUGUGCCAUUUUUACAUUAAUCAAAGAGAAGAUACCAAAAAUACAGUUAUAAGAAUACUUUUGUGUAAUAUCAUUGUGUUGAGAUAUGCAUCACAGUAAUGUUUGUCUGAUGUCUAAAUCCUUUCAAGACUAUUUGCAAGUGUUUUGGUAUAUAUACUAUAUUAUGUCCCUGAAAUAAAGAUACAAGAUAUGCUUCAAUAAAUGGUUCUACUGCUCAUUUCAGACAAUCUGUGGCUUAAAGGGAUGGAGUGACUUUUAACCUUUUUUCAGGAAGUAUAUAGAACUUCAUUAACCAUCUUUUGUGCCAUACAGGGGCUAAUAGUUUUUAUUUAGGGGAGCAGGCCUGUAAUUUACCUAAAAAAUGCAUGAAUCUUCUUCCCUUGUUUGCUAAGAGGGAAGAAAUCUGCUGACAGAUAGAAUAGCCCUCUGUUUUUAUACUUUGGAGGGCGCAAGCUUCUAAUUUACUGACACAAGGGAUAGAUCUUAUUAACUUGACAAGGAAAACGUUUGCGGUUAAUGCUUGCCAAUAAAAAGAGCAUGGGGAGAUGUGUGUCACUGAGCAAAUUAGGACAUGUAUACGUGUAUUACAUGAUUACGUUGUGAUAGCUAUAGCCAUAUCUGUCACUGAGUGGUUAACAGGGUGGGUAAUCCAUAAUGCCUGUUUGCACUUAUUUAUUUAUAUUCUUAAGAUGAUGCUCUCAGCCUGAGACUUGCAGCUGCUUAAACAGUAGUGUUAUUUUGAAGUUCAGUGACCAGGAAAAGUUACUAUUUAUUUCAUAUGCUAGGAGUGUAAAACAAUUGAUGUAUCUGCUAUGAAUGCUUGUUAUGUUUUUAAUUCCUUUGUUCUUUGUUUGUAGAAUGAAUUAUGGAGUACAAGAAAAUACUGAAUGGUCAGUAGUAGUUUAUCUUUUUUUAUGAUUAAUGGGUUUAUUCUUGCAGAAAUCUGUGGUUAAUUAAACAUGACAAACCUCUACCCAUUUUUCCAUUAAAAUUACAAUAAUGGAUAUUAUUUUUUGUGGAGAAACUGUAUUACAGGAGUCAUUAAGGCCAAACAUGUAUUUUUAACCUAACAUUUCAAAUACUUUAAAUUGCUGUCCUUAUUUAUCAUUAUAAGGUUAAUGUUAGCAUAAUUCUGUUGUUUCCAUUGGUCAUCAGGUGAUCAUAUGGAAAGUUUGUGUGUUUCAAAAUGAACUUCAGGUUCUUUCAAAUUGCAUUUGGAUGGUUCAUAUUACACUUCAUUUAUUUUGAAAUAAAAUUUAGAUGAUUGAAAUCAAACUUUCAAAUAAACAAUAGGUAUUUUCAUUUAAACUUUAGAUGGUUUUGAGGUACUCCUCAUUACUUUUAAUUUGAAGUUCAUUUAGUUUGAUUUAAGUGUGAAAAGGUUUUAAAGGCUAGCAAUGAUUAUAAUACAGCAGUUUUGGUGGAAAAUAGAAUGUGAAUUGUGUGCCUGCUGGUGAUUUUUUUCCCUCAUAGUGACUGUAGGAACAAGGUAAGGAAAGAAACCAGAGAAUGCAUGCAAUCUCAGCUCUGUAUUUCUUGGCUUAUCUGCAGUCUCUUGAGCUCUUGUCUGCCCACUACCCAACUUGGACUGGCAAUUGUGUAUGCUAGAUGGUCCUCAUAGAAUUCUCGUAAUAUGAAGUCAAGCAGUAAAAUUUGUAACUGGUAGAUUUUUGUUCAUUAAAAAUAUCAUUGAAUUAACCUUAUCAAGUCAUAUGUUCAUCUUAAACUUGCUUUUCAUGGUUAUUUUAUUUGCAUAUUUGAUAUUUAGUGACACAGAUUUAGGCAGAUGGUCUGUCCUCUGACAUAAGAAAUGAAAUACAAUUAUAUUUUCACAGACAAAUAGAAUAUUGACUAAUUUCCUCAUAGUUCUUUGCUCUGGGACAUUUUGAUCAUUUUUUUUUAUUUUUGCCACAUAUAUAUCUAUAUUUUGUAGCUGUUCCCUAGACUUUUCUAUAAUAGAUAUUUUAUGUAAUGAUAAUUAAUAUUUAUUUAGAUAUGUAUACAGGUAGAAAUAUUAUAUUUCCCAUAUGUAAAGAUAUUUCAUAUGAAUAUCCUAUGUAAUUCUCCUUAACAGCAACUAUGUGAUUCAGGUCAUUCCAUAUAUUUAUUAUUUGCAUUUUGUGAAGGCAUUUUCAUUCUGUACAAUGUAUUUCAUUUCUAAAUUUACAGUUACACCCUGAUAACUGUGUCAAGAAUGGAAAUCUCUUCUUAACCAUGCAAAAUUAUUAGUUUUCACCUUCUACUUGCUUGAGGUAUGGCCAUUUUACUAACUGGAAAAGUUUAUUAUUUGUGAUUGUACAUGUAGUCAUGAAGGUAGUUCAUAGCUUGAAAAUUAUGUUAUAUGUACUUGUUUGUUUAUCACUAACAGCAUUUUUGCUAGAAGUUGUUUACAUAGUAUUCCAGAAAACAUCAACCAGUGAGUGUGCAACAUAAUGUGAUGUGUUUCUAGGUGAAUUAAACAAUUAAACAAUAUCCCAUAAUCAUAUGAAGUAUCCAUUAACUGGUCAUAUGUGAAAUGUUGCUCCUUUUAAUAUACUUGAAUUACAUGUGUUGUGAUGAUGUGGGGUAUGUAUUGGAAGCUUAGUGUUCUUUGAUGAAAGAGAUAAGGCCAGUGAUUGAAUAAAUUAUUUUUCUGAUUGGUAUGUAUUCAAGAACAUUAUGUGAAUUGCUUGAGCUCAUUUGAAUGACAUAAGUACAGAUAUACUUACUUGCCACAGAGGUGUUAUACAAUAUUGUGAUUAAUGACCAUGCUACUUUAAUUAACAAGAUACCUAAAUGAAGAAAUACAGAAAUAUUUAGUGCAGCAUUACCAUGUUAUAUAAUGAUUCUGAUUAGACGAAGAAGCUUCACAAGCAAUAGAUAAGGCAAAAAGAAAGUAAUAAACAAUUACUAUUAUCUA